GUGAUCGAGCCUGUCAUUGGCGAUGCCUGCGGUCGGGCGCGGAAAGAUAUACAAACAACCGCGGGCUGCACGGGAUAGAUGCAUCCGCACAAAAAAAAAUACGUUUCGGCCACCUGCCGUCCAUCUCAUCCGUCUAGAUCCUUACUCGUCCGUUCAUCUACCUUGCACACCGCGCCCCGUCGAACGUGAACGUGCAUAUAUCAAGGCAGCACGUAUCCCGCCGCGUGCAGCAGCGUCGCGAACUGGACCUUGGCGAUCGAGCGCACCUGCUCGAGGUCGUAUCCGUGCCGGUUAACGAGGUCGCCCGAGUUGUGAUACAUAGGAUCGGCGAUCGGCCCGGCGCGUUCGAACACUUGCGUGGCGGGGAAGCCCUGUUCCCAGAAGCUCUGGUGGUCGCUGCAGCAUGCGGCGGUGUAGCCAACGGUGAGCUCGGGCGAGUAGAGCGACGAGAGAUUGGACACGAGCUGCGUCACUUCGAGGGUGCCGAUCGAGAGCGGGAGGCCGAGCUGCGGCGGCUCCUCCGGCACGUGGUAGGCGAGCAUGUCUGCCUGGAUCAUGAGCGUGAUGUUCGCGCCCUGGGCCUUGAGCUCGCGCGCGUACGCCUGGGAUCCGAGCAGGCCUUGCUCCUCGCCGCCGAAGAGGACGAGCUCGACGUUCUCCUUGAAGCGCACGCCCGUCUUGGCGAUCGCGCGGGAGAGGGCGAGGAUGGCGGUGGUGCCCGAGCCGUCGUCGUCGCCGCCCGGGGCGCGCGUGCUCCCGAACGAGCCGCGCGAGUCGUAGUGCGCCGAGAGGAGCACGGUCGCGUUCGUCGGCAUCGUCGCGGUGUAUUUGCAGACGACGUUGGGGGUGAAGCCCUGCAGGAACGGACGGAGGGCGCACGUCGCGCCGCUGAGCUCGACCUGGGCCUUGAUCCACGCCGCGGCCGCGCGCGCGCCGUCGCUGAACGAGUGCCGGCUGAGGAUCGCCGACUCGUCCGCCUCGCCGGAGAGGUACUCCGCGUCCUUCUUCAUCUGCUUCACGUCGAGCUCCUCCAGCAGCGCGGCGACGGCCGAGUCGUACUUGACGCCGUCGAGGAUGCGCCGCACGCGCGCCGCGGCGUCGGGCGGGACGGGGACGUAGGACCGCGGGGUGGCCGGGAUCGGGCGCGCGCGCCAGAAGGGCGGGAGGAGGGGGUCGAGGUGAGCGGAGGCGGAGGCGGGGAUGGAGGCGAGGACGGUGUCCGCGGUGCAGAAGAGGAUCUGCGAGGGCGCGGGGGAGGUGCCGAGCGCGAUCUGGCCGUCGGAGCGGGCGUCGGCGGUGACCCUGAGGGCGUCGAGCGAGAGCAGCGUGCCGGCGAAGGCGUCGUCGCAUCCGAGCCCGCCCAUGUCUUCGGAGUGCACGGCCUCGUCGACCGCCGCGCGCUCGAUCCACACGAGCUGCUGCGCUCCGGUAUCGGCGACCUGGACCGGAUCGGGGAGAACGAUGCCUUCGCUCAGGAACUGGGUCGCAUAGCCGAGGCAGGACUCGUCGGUCCUGAAGAGAGCGUGGCGCCCGCCGCCGUAGACGCCGUAGAAGCCGUCGGCGAGGCAGCUCGCGCCGAACGAGGCUUGGUCGAAGACGGCGGGGUCGAAGGCGGUGACGAAGAGGACCGCGCUCGGGAGAACCAUGGCUGGUUUACUCCGGCUCCGAAGAUAAUAAUAUAAAUCGAGUUAUUCGAUUUUGGAGUGGAGUGCGCUGCUGGCUGAAGGUGCGGGGACCACGUAGACCAGGGGCAGGUCACUUGAGUCAAUCGAAGGCGCUCGAAGCGCCAAGUAGCGGACAGUAACCGUGAGAAAGUCGACUCUGUGCUACGUGUCACCUCGCCACGUCGCCCGCCGACCGAAUUAUAAAGACCACCGACCGGUCGUCCCAGUCGUGCUAGUCGACCUCACCACCUCCCUCCGCUUUCUCUUUCCCUCUUCCCCUUUCCUUCUCCUUCCUUCCACUACUCAUCCAUCACCGAGUAGACGAAGACCACCAACCACCACACGCACCCCAUGGCGCGUCCAUCGAGGACCCAAGCGCGCCGCGCCGCGUCGGCGCUCUCGCUUUGCUGUCUCCUCCUCCUCGCCGUCCUCUGCUUCUUCCCCGCCGCCGCCGUGGCCGCGGACGACAAGCGCUCCGAGUACGGCACCGUCAUCGGUAUCGACUUGGGCACCACCUACUCCUGCGUCGGUGUCCAGCGCGGCGGACGGGUAGAAAUCAUCGCCAACGAUCAGGGCCACCGUAUCACCCCCUCAUGGGUCUCCUUCACUGACGAAGAGCGACUUGUCGGCGACGCCGCCAAGAACGCGUACCACUCCAACCCGCAGAACACCGUCUUCGACGCCAAGCGUCUCAUCGGCCGCAAGAUGGACGAGCCCGAGAUCAAGCGCGACAUGAAGCACUGGCCGUUCAAGGUCCACGAGAAGAACGGCAAGCCCGCCAUCCAGAUCACGUACAAGGGCGAGCCCCGCGACUUUACCCCGGAGGAGAUCUCCGCCAUGGUCCUCGGCAAGAUGAAGGAGACCGCCGAGGCUUACCUGGGCAAGAAGGUCACCCACGCCGUCGUCACCGUCCCCGCAUACUUCAACGACGCGCAGCGUCAGGCGACCAAGGACGCUGGCACGAUCGCUGGCUUGAACAUCCUUCGUAUCAUCAACGAGCCGACCGCCGCCGCCAUCGCGUACGGUCUCGACAAGAAGGGCAAGGAGCAGCAGAUCAUCGUGUACGAUCUCGGCGGAGGAACCUUCGAUGUCUCUCUCCUCUCUAUCGACGACGGCGUCUUCGAGGUGCUCGCCACCGCCGGCGACACCCACCUCGGCGGCGAAGACUUCGACAACCGCGUCAUCGACCACCUCGUCAAGGCCUACAAGAAGAAGACGGGCACGGACGUCACCGGCAACCUCCGCGCGCUCGGCAAGCUCAAGCGCGAGGUCGAGAAGGCCAAGCGCACGCUCUCCUCGCAGCAGUCCACCCGGAUCGAGAUCGAGUCGUUUGAGAACGGCAACGACUUUUCCGAGACGCUCACCCGCGCCAAGUUUGAGGAGCUCAACAUGGACCUCUUCCGCAAGACGAUGAAGCCCGUCGAGCAGGUGCUCAAGGAUGCCAACGUUAAGAAGGAGGACGUCGACGAGAUCGUGCUCGUCGGUGGCUCUACCCGUAUCCCCAAGGUCCAGCAGCUCCUGAAGGAGUACUUCAACAAGGAGCCGUCCAAGGGCAUCAACCCCGACGAGGCCGUCGCCUACGGCGCCGCCGUCCAGGGCGCGAUCCUCGCCGGUGACGACGAGAUGGCCGACGUCGUCCUCGUCGACGUCUGCCCGCUCACGCUCGGUAUCGAGACCACCGGCGGCGUGAUGACCAAGCUCAUCCCGCGCAACACCGUCAUCCCCACCCGGAAGUCGCAGAUCUUCUCGACCGCGGCCGACAACCAGCAGACGGUGCUGAUCCAGGUGUACGAGGGCGAGCGCGGCUUGACGAAGGACAACAACCUCCUCGGCAAGUUUGAGCUCGGCGGUAUCCCGCCCGCCCCGCGCGGCGUGCCCCAGAUCGAGGUCACCUUCGAGAUCGACGCGAACGGCAUCAUGAAGGUCGCCGCCGCCGAUAAGGGAACUGGCAAGUCGGAGUCGAUCACGAUCAAGAACGAGAAGGGCCGCCUCUCGCAGGAGGAGAUCGACCGCAUGGUCGCCGAGGCGGAGGAGUUUGCGCAGGACGACGAGGCGCAGCGGAAGCGGAUCGAGGCGCUCAACGCGCUCUCGUCCUUCGUCUACGGCCUCAAGGCGCAGCUCGCCGACCAGGACGGGCUCGGCGGCAAGCUCGACGACGCGGACAAGAAGGCGAUCCUCGCCGCCGUCAAGGACACGACGGAGUGGAUCGACGACCAGGGCCAGGGCGCGACGGCGGAGGAGCUCGAGGAGAAGCUGGCGGAGGUGCAGGCGGUCGUGAACCCGAUCACGAGCAAGCUGUACGCCGGCGGCGGGUACGCCCCCGGCGAGGACGACGAGCAGGAUCCGUUCCACUCGCACGACGAGCUUUGAAAGGGGGAGCGGAAGACGGCUCCGCCAUUAUAAAAGGAACCUAUAUACCGUCCCGUGAUGAUUUUAAUUUUAUACAUCGGAGAUUACGACGCCACUCGCCAUUUGUAAUUGGGACUAUCAGUAGUCGUCUUUUUGCAAUCAACGACCCGAUAAUCA